CUCUGUCGUCUCGGUUGCUGGUAGGCUAUGUGAUCUGUCCCUAACCCCAUUAUCUAUUUUUGUGCUUCCUUGUGCUGCCAAGCCCCUGACGUAAUGCUUCGGGUUAAUUAUUCGCAUGUGGAAAGCAAUGCCGAGUCUCUCCUCUGGUACAACACGAGUAACCUAACUGCAGGAGAAAAAGUUAAGUCAAGAUGGCAAAACACACAGAUGCAGAGUGAAGGGGCACCGCUGCCCACAAUUUAAAACUUUGUUGCGCCCCGUCUUGCGAUCAACACCACCGAUGCAGUUGUGCAUGGAAAUCUAAAUGGGAUCCCUGUGGAAAAUGCCAACAAAAGUAAUGCUGGUGUGACAGCGCAGAGUGCAGGAGGAAAGCCGACUCUCCUGUCUGAAUGUUAAUACCCCCUGGUGCAGAUGCACCUAGGAGAGCACCUUGCCACCACUCCCCUCAAGCUGAAACUUCAGUACACCUGCUUUUCUAAAAGCCUGGAUGAUGCUACGCCACUUGAACUGAGCACAACAGCUCAAACCCCUCCUGCUCAAAGUACAUAUUUCUGCUCCACUCAACAUCAACAACAAAAACAGGCAAAAAGAAGAGCACAUCCAUCACAAGCUUUGACCAAAGUUUAACCACCAGAGCACCAAGUUAACUCAAUUCUCCCGUGACACCAGGAAGGUCGCUAACUGGUUUCCCUGUUCGGCCUGGUGCCUGUGCCCCAGACCAUGAUGUUUCGCGACCAGGUGGGCAUCCUGGGAAGCUGGUUUAAGGGGUGGAACGAGUGUGAGCAGACGGUGGCUCUGCUGUCGCUGCUGAAGCGGGUGUCGCAGACCCAGGCCCGUUUCCUUCAGCUGUGUCUGGAGCACAGCCUGGCUGAUUGCACCGAGCUUCACGUGUUGGAGGGAGAGGCCAAUAACCCAGUGGUGAUCAGCCAGUGGCAGGGUGAGCCCAAGGAGCGCGUCAUCUCCCUCGUCCUCACCCACCUGCCCCUGCUCAAGCCGGGCAACGUCGAAGCCAAGGGCGAGUACAUGCGCCUCCUCCCCCGCAUCCUGGCACACACCAUCGAGCACGGCCGCCAUCUGGAAGAGUCGCGCCAGCUCCUCUCCUACGCCCUCAUCCACCCGGCCACCUCACUGGAUGACCGAGCCGCCCUCGCCCUCUGGCUCAAUCACCUGGAGGAACGCGCUGCUGCCCGGGCCGACUCGUUGGAACGGCUGCCCCCCUCCCCAGCCUCGCACCAUCAGACGCCCCCCUCAACGCUCUCAACGUCGGGUUCCAGUUUGGGUUCCUCUGUGGGCCACCUGGGUCACCUGUAUCACCACCAGCGCUACGGCUCAGACGAUCGGCUCAACGGCUGGCAGGGAUCGAGGGACUCGGGGUUGGGCAGCGGAUGGCAGCAGCAGGGGCAGGGAGGGUGUGAGAAUGGUGGGCACCUGGCUCUCUACCCGUCCUCAUCGGUACCUGGGAGUAUCAACACGGUGGGCACGGGCGGCAGCAGCAACACCAUCCUGUUUGGCGGAGGCGGCGGGCAGCACAGUCCCCUGAAGCGUUCGGUGUCCCUUACCCCCCCGAUGAGUGACGGCUCCUUGGCCGGUUCGUCCUCCUUGGGUUUGGGUCAUGGCUGGCUCUCCCAGGAGGACCUGCGCGGGCCCCGGGGAGGAGGAGGAGGGCUGGGGCUGGCCCCCACCGAUCCCCACCACGCACCCCUCUCCCCCCAGAGCAGCGUAGCGUCUUCGGGCAGUGGCGGCAGCGAGCACCUGGAGGACGCAGGUCUAGGAGGAGGAGGUUGCUGUGGAGGAGGCUUGUACCGCAGCAGCACAUUUCAUAAGGAGGGCAGCGGCAUGAGUGAUGUGCCUGCCUGGCUGAAAAGCCUCCGUCUCCACAAGUACGCGGCUCUAUUCUCCACCAUGACGUACGACGAGAUGAUGUUACUGACCGAACAACAGCUGGAAUCACAGAAUGUCACCAAAGGGGCGCGCCACAAGAUAGUCAUCAGCAUCCAGAAACUGAAGGAGCGUCAGAACAUGCUGCGCUGCCUAGAGAAGGACGUGUUGGAAGGUGGUAACCUGCGUGGCCCUCUUGCCGAACUCCACCAGAUGAUCCUGACUCCCAUCAAGGCGGUGGCCAGCGACGAGUCGUUGCCCUCCUCGACCACACAGCAACCCCUGUUGAGCCUUGAGGGGAAGAGCAGCGCCGCCCCGGGGUCUCACCUGGCCCCCGGAGGAGGGGAAGGGGAGACAGGGGCUACCCUCAUCGCCGAGGGGGACAUCCCCGGCCAGUUCACCCGCGUCAUGGGCAAAGUUUGCACACAGCUCCUGGUGUCCAGGCCAGAUGAAGAGAACAUCAGCUCCUACCUGCAGCUCAUUGACAAGUGCCUUCUGCACGAGGCGUUCACUGAGACACAGAAGAAACGGCUGUUGUCAUGGAAACAGCAGGUGCAGAAGCUGUUCCGCUCGUUCCCCAGGAAGACUCUCCUGGACAUGGCGGGCUACCGGGCGCAGAGGAGCAGCAGCAGCAGUAGCCGUGGCUUCGGCCAGUCCAACUCUCUCCCCACGGCGGGCUGCGUGGGGGGCAGCAGUAGCAUGUCGGCCCGCCGGAGCCUGCGCCAGUUCCAGAUGCCCUCACGGAGCCUGCCCGGCGCCAGGCUUGGCCUGCUGGGCACCGCCGGCCUCCUGGGACCCACGCCGCGCAGCGCCAGCAGCACCCCCACCGGUCUCAAGCAGGGACGACAGGGCUUAUGGUUUGCCAACCCCGGAGGCAGUAAUAGCAUGCCCAGCCGAACCCACAGCUCGGUGCAGAGGACCCGUUCCCUGCCUGUCCACACCACGCCACCCACCAUGGUCAUGUAUCAGCAGUCUGAUCUCCAAGUGCCAGUGACGGAACCAGACAUCAACAACCGGCUGGAGUCUCUGUGUUUGAGUAUGACAGAGCAUGCCCUGGGAGAUGGAGUCGACCGCACAUCCACCAUCUGAGAGUAGGACCUGAAGGAGACCUGGGGACAUCUGUUCCCACACACACACCCCCCCCCCACACACACACACACCCCACAGCCAAUGGGAGAGGUCAACCGGGGUGGUUGCUGGGCUGCAAAUCAUGCCACGGCGAGGCAAUCCGCAAAAACUGCUAACAAACGACUAACGCAGCAGCACAUUGGCAUGUUACCAUCCACGGCUACGCCCCCAGCACACUCAUAAGUGCCUGGGCUUCAGUGAUGGAUGAGACUCCUUUCCCCACCCAGUAUAACUACCCACAACAGUGCCCUCUGCUGGGCUGGGUGAGAUAUAGCAGAUAUAGCAGCGCUGGGGGUCAGCAUCGGCCAACAACCGAUUGGUAGACCCUGGGCCCAGUUGAAGGGGGAGUGGUGCAUUAUGGGUACUGUAGUAUAUCAUGCUAUAAGACUGUAGACUUCCCUUCUCCGCCCCCAGUCCCCACACCAGUUUGCACCAGUCAGCAUUUCUACCAGUCGUACCAUAUGACGUCUCACUGAGCCAAAAACAAACACAAGACAAGUAAGUAAAUAAACAAAGUGGGACACAUUGUGAGAGAAGCUUCGGCAUUCAUCUCACUGUUUGGGAGAGUUUUAGGGAGGAGGUUUUUCAAAAGUCCCCUAUGCUCUGUAUAGGUGACAGAAAAAAAAACAUUUUUUACAUGUAUGUAUUGUUUACAUAAGAUGCUACUAUGGUACCGAAACAUUUAUAAAUUUUGGCUAUGAAUGUUAUCUCUUAUAUUUUAUUUUUUUUAAUAAUUUUUGGGAAAAUAGUAGCAUACUACCGUACUAGUCGCUUAAUAGACUAACGUCCCACAGUAGCUAUCAUAGUUUACAACCAACUUUAUCGUUGUUUUUUUGCUUUUUGUUUCUUUCUUUUGCUUACCAGCAGCCAAGCUGUGUGAAAAUGAGAACGGUAAAAGGAAAGGGGGAUGCAGUGGAAGUGUGUAGAAGGAAAAACAGAGAAAUGAGAAGAGAUGGGAGGAGGGGAAAUGAAAGUGAGGAGACACAGGAUGGUCUGUUCCAAGUGAUUUAGAAGGAGAAGAGGACGUCAGUGAUGAUGGAUCCAUGUCAGAGGCAGGGACUUUGAUUUGAAACAAGAGAGGAAAAUUGUGUAGUAGCAUUGUGGUGAAGCUCUAGGUAAAUGUUAUAGACAGGCCAAUAUAUAUAAUCUUUUAGAAUUCUUUCAUCUUUGUCCCUGCAGACUAUGCAUUGAACGGUUAUGCUGUUAAUUUGCUUGGGCUGUGUCUGGAUUUGGGAGUGAGGUUUCCUUAACAGGUGCACAAUGUUGUGUGAGCUAUUCUCUAAUUAGGGCUAGUCAGUGUGGGUCAGGAGUAUUUUCAAUGUGUCUCAUUGUGAAAUAGAGUGAGGAUUACAUGUGUUUUCAGUCCAGGGUAGGUACUAUAGCGUUGUAUGCUAUAUGCUCUCAUUUUACUAGGAAGUAAGAGAUGGUCAAAGAUGUUCUGAAUCAAGGAGAAAAGACGUACACAGAGGACAGGAGAAUCAGGAAGUAGCUUUGGCGGAUGUAAACGAGAAGGUUGCUGAGGUUUCCUUUCCCUCAAGCAGCAUAGAAACAUCAACCCAUGAAGGGUUUAAAACUAGUUUAAAUCCCUGAGAUUACUCUCUUUUUAGUACUUAACUCCAUCUAGUGGACAAAAGCAGUUAGACAGCCAGCCACUUGGAAUUAGGCUUUUUGUACUUCAAUUUCUUGUUCGUUUUUUUUGUCUUAAUAUUUAUCCUUGAUUCAUUGUUGUCUGCACGACAUGCUAUAAGGGUAGGUUCAUGGUAAAAUAACCUCUUUUAGAGCUGAGUUAGGCUCUGUUGUUAUUAGCCACUGUAUCACUGUCAUCCUGUAAGUGGGUGUUUUGUGCAUGGAAGAUCACGCUAAUGUAUUGUGCCUGAAUGGGCAUCCUGAUUUGGUGUGGUGUUUUGUGAGGGUUAUUGGGCAACUUUUUGGGUUAGUUUAUUUUUGAAUUCUUAUGCGUCUCGUUUUCUUGUUCUGCACUUGGUGUUGUGAUAUUUUACUACAGCUAAUCCAUCAAUAACAAUGCCAAUAGGUGCAGCAAUAGAAAUGGCAAGUAUGUGCAAUAAACGUUCAUCAGUGGGGAGAGGCAAGUGGUUUGGAGAGGAAAGGUUAAGAGUUUUGUAGUUCAGAAAAAGGGACUUGACUUAUUGUGGAGGUGAACUUGUAGUGAGAUGAAACCAGCUUCAUGCCAAAUGCACCGUUGCUCGGCGAUGGAGAACGAGAACACCCCUUCCUCUGCCAAAGUAACUACAGCCCACUCCUAAGUGUGCAUUGAACUGAAGCUCUCAGACUGAGCCAUCUUGUCAUAAAGUAGGGGUGACCCCAGUCAAACCUUUAACCUGUUAUUGUCAAAAUGUAACUGAUGCUUGUAGUGAUGUUUCAUAGUCAGUCAAACGUCACUGCUUCAGGAAGUGCUCUCACAAAAAACGCAAGGCCUUAACUGGGACGGUGACAGGAAAAUUGCAUAAAGCAUGAAUUGGCAUGGACCCUUUUGUGGCAUGGUUUGGAAAAUAUUUAGUGGCAGCAUUACAGUAUUGGUACACUGAUGCAACACGCAUCAGUGGAUAUACAGUACAUGGUAGUUAGAUCCACUUGUCACUGCCAUAUAAAUUGAUACUAUUAGCAGAUUCAAAUAAUUUAUUCUUCUUUUUUUAAUCUAAUGUUGCAGAGGUGAUUUAUUGUAUUCAUUUAGAUGUAUUAUUUAAAGUACCAUAUGUAUUAACUUGCUAUGGCUGGUGACCAUAAGUACAUCUCAAAUAUUAACAUAGUUAUUUUGGUUUUGAACUACAGUAUAAUCGCACAUUUUUAUAUUUAAUAGUGGAGUAGAGACACUCUGUCUUGUUUGGAUUCGUUUUUUCUUCUGACUGACAGUUUGGGAACGCUUGUUAUCCUGGUUGGCCAAAUGUCUGAACGUGGCCACCAGCAGAACAAACAGGAUAGGGGGCGACGACCCUUUUGAAACAUUGCCAAAUAGAACAGGCCACAGUAACCCUUGAUAGACUGGGAUGGAGAGUCAUCUGGGGUUAUUUCUGUGGGAUAAGGCCCUUUACUACUUUGUUACACUUCGGCUAUGCGCAUCGGAGGUCCAGGGAUAGCCCUUUGGGAAUGGGCAACCAGUGCUUACCAAGCUAACCACCAUCUGCAUGGCUAGUGAUGACAUCACAGUAGAUGGCUAAGAUAUAUGUAGCCUAUCCAAAAGACUGGCAACAACUGCAGAGCAGAGGGUAGUGCAUUCUAGGGUGGGACUUACACACUCACUACUGCCCAUGAGGUUAUGUGUGUGUGAAUGUAGUGUACACUACAGCAUGUGCCUAUGAGAGAGCGAUGGAGCAGAGGCAGUAAACAGAAGAGUUGUGAAUGUCAUUGAUAUAUUACUGCAACUGUGUGUGUGAAGUAGCCAGAUGAGGAGUGGAUCGGACUUUGACUCCUCCGGAAGCUGUUCAUCUUGUGUAACACAAAAAAUGUUUUUUUAUUUGUAUUUUCCAAAGCGCAUCCAACCCCUAUGUGGCUGGGAUGAGAGAGAUCCGCUGUACACACUGCAGUAUUAACAGUUAGAUGAUAACCUUGAUAUUCCAAAUAUAUUAUUAUUUAAUUUAAUGGGGGGUUUUUUAACUGACAUUUUUGUUGGUCAUAGACACUCUGCACAUUAGUCAAUUAUCGCAUCAUUAUUCGAUGGCGAGCCUCUUUCUUUUUUUGUAAACUCGGAAGCAUCCAUACUGUAACAAAAGUUCUACAGCUUUACUGUGCUCUGUUUGUUUUGUUUUUGUUAUCAAAAAGCCGAUGUCCUGUAUUGACUGCAGGCUUACAAAUAUAUUUGAAAAAAUAAUAUCCUAUGUUUAAGAAAAAAACUCAAAAGCUCCCAAAAAAAUGGUAAUUUAUAUUAUAGAAAUGCACGAGGCUGGGAAGUCAUAUUUAAAAUAACAAAUGGCAGUGCCUUUUUUUUACUCGAGACAUUUACCCAAAAUGUAAAUGACUGUAAUAAUAUUACUAGAAGCACCCAGAUAGAGGUGUGUUGACAGUCAAAAUGGUGGCAUCCUCCAAACUGCAUACUAGGUCCUCUAGGACAUUUUAAAAUGUAUCUUUUGGCGUCAAGUUGUAGACAAAAACAAUAUGGAACACUUCUUUCUGGCCUCGUGUUGUCAGUGUAUUUUUUUGUUUCUGUAGGUACUUUUCAAUGCUGAUAUGAAGUUAGGAAUUAUACCUGUCUGUACAACAAACAGAUGUAUAUGCUUUGUGUGUGUUUGCACGUGUGUGUCUUGCUGUAACUGUAAAAUACUUAUUCUCAAAUGUACCAGAAAUGCUGCGACAUCGCCCAAUCAAAAGAAGGCUGUUGUUUUUCUUCCUUUGUUUAGUCAUCAGAGGAUGACUGCCUCUCAGCUGUAUGUGUGUGUUAUACAGUAUCUAGGGAUUGUAUGGUCACUAUGCCCACAGUUCAGCAACACAUGAGGGCUGACGUUCAGAGAGACCUGAGGUCCACUGUACACUACAUAGAUCAGUAUUACAACCAGUCUCUCUGUAGAGCCAGCCAAUUAGAACUGGGCCAGUAUUUACAAAGAAUCUGAGUAGUAGUGCUUUUUACAUGCCUUCUAGAUCAUAAUGAUUAAAAUUAUAUGGACAGGGGGGACCUGAUCCCAGAGUUACUUUUUUAAUUCGGGGCCUGACGCCAUGCCAAAAGCCUGUCUCAGGUUCUGUGUUCCUGUAGCUACUUGCCUCGGGCAGGGUUUGGCUUGUGAGAGGAAGUGUGGAUGCUCAUCUGUUCUAAAUGGAUCUACAGAGACUCCUCUGUGUAAAUGUAUGUAUUUUCAUUUUUGUCUGAGAGAUUGUGGUUGCUAUCUAUUCAGAAUGGGAGAGCUGCGAGUGAGUGAGUGAAAGAUACUGAAUGAAUCGACUGAAUGCUUUGUUUUGUGGGGUCUGUGUUCAAAUGCUUGACAUCUUUGUUAUAACCACAGACAAAAAAUGUAUUAAAGAAUAACUUGUAAAAUUGUCUAUGGAUAAAAAAAGUUUUAAAUUCUAA